AAAUACAUCACAAUGGCGACUAGGGACACUUGAGUGGUUUGACUCUUCGUGUUCACUGAAACUCUCUGUCUGAUUUCUGCCGCAUUAUUCAUUCAUAAGCCCUAAAACAGCUGGCAAGUAUGAGCGCUGAGGCUGCGGACCGUGUGGCGGUGAGCGGCAGUCGGCCCUGCACCCCUCCACAGACUUCCUGGUUUGAGUUCCUGCUUGACCCAUCAUUACUGGAGCAGCACUUACAGAGUGCUCAUCCAGAUCCAUCUCCUGUCCAGCUGAUCAUUCAGUUUCUUGAGCAAGCCUCGAAACCAUCUGUGAAUGAGCAGAACCAGGUCCAGCCGCCGGUGGAUAACCGCAGGAACCGCACUCUCAAGCUGCUGGCGCUCAAAGUGUCUGCUCACCUCAGAUGGGACCUCGACGUUCUGGAGAAAGGUCUGACGAUCCCUGUGUUGAAUAUGCUGCUGAAUGAGCUGCUGUGUGUGAGUCGAGUUCCUCCUGGUGUGAAACAUGUGGAUCUGGAUCUGUCCAGCUUACCGCCCACCACCGCAAUGGCUGUACUUGUAUACAACCGCUGGGCCAUCCGUACCAUCGUGCUGAGCAGCUUCCCUGAGAAACAGAUCAAACCUGGACCACACCAGAUCAACAUCAUUAAUGUGGUCCAGCAGGAGAAGGACCUCACAGAGAACAUCCUGAGUGUGCUGAGAGAACAGGCUGCAGACUCCAUCAUGGUGUUAGAAGGAGCUCUGAACAUUAAGAAAGACUUCUACAUCCACACAAUGAGAACCCUGGACCUGCUGGCAGCUGAUCCCAGUACUGCCAAUGGAGAGACAGAGUCAUCGACCGCCGGUCUGCGAGUCAGCGCUGAUGACCUGCACUGUCAGGUGCAUUAUGAUUUAGGAGGCAUUUACUUUCAGCAAGGCUGUUCAGACCCUUCUGCAUACGAGAAAGCCAGAGAACACUUCACAAUCACACGAGAACUGCUCGCUAAGUUGGAUUCUUCAUCUCUUUGUCAUCUGGAUGAGCAGCGUUUGUCUGGUUACUGGAGCGCCUGUAGAACUCUGACCGGAACAUCAGACCCCAGUGAGACCCAGAUCACCCCGUACGGCCAGAUCAGCUGCUUCAUUAGGAACCGCAACUACAGGGCUUUGAUAGAGUCUUUCAUCAGAGAUAACGUCACACUCGGCCUACCCAACAGCUUCAGACAUUCAGUUCAACUGGAGCUUCUGCACAAACUACAACAAGGGGACAGGGAUCUGGAGGAGGUGUGCCAUAAACUGUGUGUGUGUAACGCAGUGAGAGACGCACUGGAGGGUGAAGUGAUUAGUGUGUGUUUCCAUCAGCUGCUCCUCAGACCCAACAAAAACACCAUCAGCUUCCUGCUGGAGGUGUGUGCGAGGUCAUUGGAUAAGGAGCUUGCAUCAGAAACAUCCAAGAGGAAAAUGGCUCUUUUCAUCAAGAGUGUUUGUGAGUGGCUGCAGGAUGUUUCUCUGGCCUUCAUGGUGUCGUCUCAUAAACUCUUCAUGGAGCUUCUUCAAGAUGAAGAGAAGAAGAUGCUGAUGGAGCAGAUGAGGAGGAAAUCAGCCUCUGUCAACCUCAGUGCCAAACCACUGCCGUCAUUCUACGACAUUCCUGCAUCGGCGAGUGUGAACAUCGCUCAGCUGGAGCAGCAGCUCAUUCUGUCUCUGGACGCUCGUCAGAUCAGACAGAUCCUCAUCGAGCUGCACGGCAUCACUGAACGACCCUUCUGGAGGGUCAACAGUAAGUGGGAGGUUCCUGCUGACUAUGUAAACAUCAUACUGUCAUUAAAAGACAGUCUGACGCGAGACCUGCUGUAUAUUCUCAUGGCCAAGGGUCUGCACUGCAUCAAUAUAAAGAGUUUUGCGCAUGCUCGUCAGCUGUUUGACACGUGUUUGGAGGUGGUGACGGAGUUUUCUCCUAAGCUGCGUCAGGUCAUGCUCAACGAGAUCCUGCUGCUGGAGGUCAGAGGUCAUGAGACGGCUGCUGCCGAUGGUAACAUGGAGAGACCUCCACCAGACCUGGUCAGCAGAGUCCGCGGUUACCUGGAGACGAGGAUUCACGAUAUUCCUCUGCGUCAGUUAGUUGGUGAGGAGUGUGUGGUGUUCAUGCUCAACUGGAGAGAGAACGAGUAUCUGACGCUGCAGGUGCCACAGUCACUGGUCAACAACAACCCUUAUAUAAAGUUGGGUCAGCUGAUUGCGUCCACCUGUAAGGAGCUGCCGGGGCCUAAAGAGAGCCGCCGCACAGCUAAAGAGCUCUGGGAAGUGAUCGUGCAGAUCUGCAGUGUGUCCAGUCAACACAAGCGCAGCAGUGACGGAAGAGUCAGUCUGCUCAAACACAGAGAGACCUCGCUCGGCAUUCUGCCCAGGAGCAAAUUCAUGACAUUUAUGAAGAAACUACGGGAGCCGCUGGUUCUGACGACACUCAUCUCUUUGUUUGUGAGGCUGCAUAGUAUCGUACGGGAUGAUAUAGUGAAUGAAGUGACAGCGGAACAUCUGUCCAUAUGGCCCUCAUCUCUAGCCAAUUUACAGUCAGUGGAUGUUGAAGCUGUGGUGCUCACAUUAAAGGAGUUGGUGAAUUACGCUCUCAGUCUGAACCCAAACAAUCAGUCGUGGCUCUGCACGCAGGCCGACAUUUACUUUGUGACUAACCAGUACUCUGCAGCGAUGCAUUAUUACCUGCAGGCAGGAACCGUGUGUUCAGAUUACUUCACUAAACCAGUUCCACCUGAUGUCUACACCGACCAGGUGCUGAAGAGAAUGAUCAAGUGUUGCUCGCUGUUGAACUGUCACACUCAGGUGGCUGUUCUUUGUCAGUUUCUGCGAGAAGUCGACUACAUGACGGCAUUUAAAGCUCUACAAGAGCAGAACAGUCACGACUCCAUGGACUCCUUCUACGACUACAUCUGGGACGUGACCAUUCUGGAAUAUCUGACAUAUAUUCACCACAAACGAGGAGAGAGUGACAAAAGACAAGUUGCGAUCAAGGCGAUCGGACAGGCGGAGCUGAACUCCAGUAACCCAGAGGACGUCCUGCAGCUUGCAGCACAGAAAAGGAAGAAGAGAUUCCUGCAGGCCAUGGCCAAACUCUACUUUUAAAUUCACUCCAAAAGAGAGUGACAGUGCUUUUGUUUUAUAUCAUUUUUUUAUUGGCAAAAACAAUUCAAAUAAAUAUGCUUAACCUAAUUCUCAU